GGCUCUUCUUCCCCACCAAAGAUCGCCUGGGGCGACUCUCUCAUAUUUCAUCGUCUAGUAACCUUGACUCUUUGAUACUUCAGACUCGACAUUCAGAUCAGAACUGUUGUUUUAAUAGUUAUAACCCUCAGAUUCUGCUAAUUCUCACACGAAAUGGCUUCCGCGGAUGAGCUCAAGGCUCUAGGUAACAAGGCGAUCGCCGAAAAGAACUUCGAUGAGGCUGUGUAGGUUACCUCCAGUAACAAUAGCACAACGGAACAUCGGGGUUGCUAACUACGACACAGCGCAAAGUUCACCGAGGCUAUUGCCAUUCAGCCCGAUAACCACAUUCUCUACAGCAACCGAUCUGCUGCCUAUGCUUCAAAGAAAGAUUGGGAAAAUGCUCUGAAGGAUGCUGAGAAGACCACCGAGAUCAAGCCUGACUGGGCCAAGGGCUGGGGACGUAAGGGUGCUGCUUUGCACGGACAGGGCGACCUCCUAGGUGCCAAUGAUGCGUAUGAGGAGGGAUUGAAGCUCGAUGCCAACAACGCCCAGCUCAAGAGUGGUCUGGCUUCAGUCAAGAAGGCCAUGGAGGCCGAAGUUGGAGGACCUCAAGAUCCUAGCGGUGGCCUUGGCCAAAUGUUCAACGACCCUCAGUUGAUCCAGAAGCUCGCCUCAAACCCCAAGACCAGCGGUUACCUCGCCGACCCCUCAUUCAUGGCCAAGCUCCAAUCGAUCAAGAGCAACCCUGCAAAUGCGACCGAGAUGUUCAGCGACCCCCGCCUGUUGACAGUCAUGGGUGUGUUGAUGGGUGUUGAUUUGGAGAUGCGCGAGCGCGAAGUCGACCCCAAUGCUGAAUCUCGGGACUCUCCCAUGCCUGAUGCCCCACCAGCCCCCAAGCAGCCCGAGCCCAAGAAGGCCCCUGAGCCUGAACCCGAACCCGAGCUGGACGAGGAGGCUCUCGAGAAGAAGAAAAAGAAGGAAGAGGCCGACAAGGAGAAGGCUCUGGGUACCGAGAACUACAAGAAGCGCAACUUUGACGAGGCUAUUGCACACUACACUAAGGCCUGGGAGACCUUCAAGGAUAUCACUUACCUAAACAACUUGGGAGCUGCGUAUUUCGAGAAGGGUGACUACGACAAGGCCAUUGAGGCCUGCACCAAGGCUGUUGAGGAGGGACGUGAGAUCUACGCUGACUUCAAGCUCAUUGCCAAGAGUUAUGCCCGUAUCGGUACAUCUUAUGAGCGCAAGGGAGACUUGGAGAAAGCUAUUGAGAACUACAACAGAUCUCUUACCGAGCACCGAACUCCCGAUGUCCUCAACAAGCUCCGCUCUGCUGAGCGUGCCAAGACUGAGGCUGGUAAGAAGGCCUACAUUGACCCUGCCAAGGCUGAGGAGGCCCGUGAGGAGGGUAACAAGAAGUUCAAGGAAAUGGACUUCCCUGGUGCCGUUGCCGCCUACACAGAGAUGACCAAGCGAGCUCCUGAUGACCCCCGUGGUUACAGCAACCGAGCUGCUGCCUUUGUCAAGCUCUUCGAGUUCCCCAGUGCUCUCGAGGACUGUGACACAGCUAUUAAGAAGGACCCUACCUUUAUCCGAGCCUACAUCCGCAAGGCUCAGGCCUACUUCGGUAUGCGCAAGUACUCAGAAUGUGUGGACGCCUGCACUGAGGCCCAGCGCGUUGACCAGGAGCACCACAACGGUGCCAACGCUCGCGAGAUCGAGCAACAGCAGCAGAAGGCUCUCUCGGCCAUGUACUCUGCCCGUGAUAACGAGACGGAAGAGCAGACCCGAGAGCGUUUGAUGAAGGAUCCCGAGAUCAUGGGACUCAUGCAAGACCCCGUGAUGCAAUCGAUCCUUCAGCAGGCCCAGUCGGAUCCCGCUGCUCUCCAGGAGCAUAUGAGAAACCCUGGUGUGCGGUCCAAGAUCCAGAAGCUGAUCGCUGCUGGCGUUAUCCGGGUGGGUAGGUAAGCGAAGCGAACCAGAUGAUGGCGACGGUGAUGGACUACAAUAGGGAAAAUUUGCUUUUUCAGACAUGGAAUCCCCUAUCCAGAAUCUCAUGGGACGGGGAAGGGAUCUGGAGCGUGCGUGAUUUUGAGUUGGCAGAUUACUGACGUGUACGAAUUAAUACGGAGUACCAGGAUCAUUUGCUGGUUGCUAAUGAGAAAUGAAACUUUUGAAGCAAACUGAUGCAUCUUUUUUGGGAUAUCAUAUGUGAUGUGAGAUAGGGUAUCGCAUUGCUGGCCUCGCUGUUUCAACUAACGACACAUGGCUGGGAGUUGAUGCCAUUAUUGGAUGACUGAAAGGAACUUGGUGUAGUAUUGCAUGCGUAUACUGCAAUUAUCCGUGUUCAACUCCCG